AUGGCCACCGAACUUACUGUCCAGCACGAGCGUGCUUUCUUGAAGCAGCCCCACAUCUUCCUCAACAGCAAGUCUGCGACUAAGAAGUCCAUCCGUGACCGCCGUUGGUACAAGGAUGUUGGUCUUGGCUUCAAGACCCCCAAGGAGGCUAUCCAGGGUAACUACAUCGACAAGAAGUGCCCCUUCACCGGUAUGGUCUCCAUCCGUGGCCGUAUCUUGACCGGUGUCGUCGUCUCCGCCAAGAUGCACCGCACCAUCAUCGUCCGCCGCGAGUACCUCCACUUCAUCCCCAAGUACCAGCGUUACGAGAAGCGUCACAAGAACCUUGCCGCUCACGUCUCCCCCGCUUUCCGUGUGCAGGAGGGUGAUGUCGUCACCGUUGGUCAGUGCAGGCCUUUGUCCAAGACUGUUCGUUUCAACGUCUUGAAGGUCUCUGCUGCUCCUGGUGCUUCCAAGAAGUUCGCCAAGUUCUAA